CUCUCGACCAUUUUCUUGCUCCCACAUCAAAUGCAACAAUCUCAAGCUUAAAUCCUCCUAAUCUUGGAGAAUUUUCUUGCUUCUUUUUUGCAUGAUAUAACAAAAAGGAGGGUUCAGAAGCUAACAAAGUGGAUCGGAAACAUGGGAAGAGGCCCCUACCAUUCGAUGAACCGGAGGAGAAAGAGGAAGAUCUUACCUUCCCCAUCUACUCAGCUCGGUCACAGCAAGACAUGUCUGAAAUGGUUGCAGCGCUAGCUCAAGUUAUAGGGAACAGCGGUGGUAACCCAGUUCAAGUGCAUCAUGAGAAUCCUUUAACAUCGUCUCAGGCACAACAAGACCAAUCUCAACCAGCUCAAGAUCAAGAGAAUACGAGGAGAAGACACUAUAGAGGUGUGAGGCAAAGGCCAUGGGGAAAAUGGGCCGCCGAGAUACGGGACCCACAGAAGGCAGCUCGGGUGUGGCUUGGGACUUUUGACACGGCGGAGGCUGCGGCAUUAGCCUAUGAUGAAGCAGCCCUUAGGUUUAAAGGAAACAAAGCCAAGCUCAACUUUCCGGAGAGAGUUCAACUUGGAAGAACAGAUCAUUUGAGUAAUUACCUCACCAACCGUCAUCAAGAAGUGCAUAGGCAAACAGUUGUGCCACCUCUUCCUCCACCUCAAGAAACAUACCCUAACACUUCCCAGUAUAUGCAGUUUCUUCAAAGUGGGGCAAACUAUGGUUUUCCAGGCAUCUAUGGAACCCAAGCAUUUGCUUUGCAGGGUUUCCCUACAUCUUCAUCUUCUUCAUCUUCUUCAUCUUCUUCAUCUUCAACAAGAUCAUCUCAACAACAGGAAGAUCAGACUGCUCGAUAUUCGAUGCAGUUUGGUGGCGGAGGCUAUGGUUAUAACUAUGAUCACACAUCAAAAUAAUAGUAUGCCUGGUGCAAUUGGUUAUGCUUUGGGAGAGAAGCACACCUACCAAGUCUUCUGCUGGGUAAUACAUAUAAUUACUGAAUGGCUUGUACAAUAUCCCUAUCAUAUAUGAGUUUCCUUUACCCUUUUUUUCCCUUUUGGCUGGGGUUGUCUAAGCAUUAAAAUCUUUCUUGAAGU